AUGAACUCAGAAAUAAUUGAAGUGUGUUAACAUUAAAAAGACAACAUACUUGUUAAAAUGAAGAACGGAGAAAAGAAAUGGUUUAAAUUUGACGAGGUUCUCAAAUAAUAGCCAAAAAUGCUUGCACAAUGGCUUGAGAAGCAAGUAUUUUUCAGGGAAGUGGAGGAAGAUAAAUUAUAUUGAUGUGUUUUAUUUUAUUUAAAAUUCAAAGAUUCAAACUCCAUUCC